AACAAAUGCAAGCAUUCACUACAACUGAGCCAUCACUGCCCACAAUCAGCACCACUUCCAGUCCCGACAACCAAUUGAUUGACAAUAAACGGCAUAAUGUUUUGGACUCUGAUAUCGAACUCAUUGGUAGAGUUCCGGCGCCCAAACGGCCCGCACGUAACCGAUCGGCCGUUGAUAUCAAGCCAUCGCUCAUAGACUCCAUACCUCUGGUGCCGGAAAUAGUCAACAAACCGCCCGUAGAGACCAUUACACUAAUAGAUGCCAUACCUCUGGUGCCAGAAAUAGUCAACCGAUCGCCGAUUGACAUAAAGCCAGUGAUAAACAUCAGAUUUCAGGAGUCGUCAAUUGUCCAUAAGUAG